AUGGCAAAAACUUUAAAAACUCUGCUGCUGAAUCUUGCCUGCUCUGAUGUUGCGGUUGGUUUGUUUACUCAACCGUUAUAUACUUUAUUUCUUGUCAGUCGUCUUCAACUGCAAAAACAUGCCUGUACAACUCAGCAAAUGUGGAUUAUUUCAAGUAACUUAUUUUCAACUGCUUCGUUCUUUGGUGUGGUGGCCGUAAGUGUAGAUAGGUUCUUAGCUAUUCAUCUUCAUCUCAGAUACCAAGAGCUCGUGACUCACAGACGUGUUGUUAUUGUGGUGGCCGGCGUAUGGGUGUAUAGUGCAUCUGUUUCUUUGAUGAUGUUGUGGGGGUUAGUCAGUACUCGAGCUCUUACUACUUUAGUUUCUGCGUCUUUCAGUUUAAUCAUCACAUCUGGGGUGUACAUCAGGAUAUAUUUAACUGUCCGACAACACAGUAAUCAGAUUCAGUCCAUGCAAAUACGAGACGAAGCUCAGUCUGAUGAAAUAAAAAACUUUGCUGUUCUCAUUAAAUCAACAGUUGGUGUAUUCUACGUAUAUCUCGUGUUUUUAAGCUGUUAUUUGCCUGUUUUGAUUUGCACUGCUGUAAUUCGACUCUAUGGCUCGAAUUCCACUUUAAAAAAGUUCUACCUUUUCUCAUUGCUUCUCGUAUAUCUAAAUUCUUCUUGGAACCCGGUCAUUUACUGCUGGAAGAUGAGAACAAUUCGACACGCUAUCAUGGACAUACUGUGGAAGGUGUCGCGGAGAAGAAAUCAGCCAUAUCGCGUAAUUUACAGACGGCCAUCGAGUGUCGUCCGUGUUGAUAACUGA